CUCUAGUUUCUUCUGCUUCCUUGAUUAUAAUUAAUUACUAACAGCAUGGAUGGGAAGAAACUAGAGUACAAAGGUGAGGAGGCAUUGAAGGAGAUUGAGAGGCUCACAGCCAAGGCUGAUAAAGUUCAGUUCAAAUUUCUAAAAGAGAUCUUAACACGAAAUUCGAAAACCGAGUAUUUGAGUAAGUACAUGAAGGGAUCAAAAGAUGUAUCAGCUUUUAAGCAAUGUGUCCCAGUCAUUACUUACAAGGCCAUUCAGCCUUACAUCCAAAGAAUUGCUAAUGGUGAAGACUCUUCUCUCAUUACUGGCCACCCAAUAACUGAAAUGUUAUGCAGCUCAGGAACUUCAGGCAGAAAGCCUAAGAUGAUGCCAUCGAUCGCAGAAGAUCUGGAUCGUCGAACCUUUCUAUAUAAUCUCAUUAUGCCAAUUAUGAACCAGUAUGUCCCUGGUCUAGACGAGGGCAAGGCUAUGUUCCUCUACUUUGUGAAGGCAGAAAUGUCAACACCUUGUGGUUUGCCAGCUCGAACGGUGCUUACCAGCUACUACAAGAGCAGCCACUUCAAGUGCCGGGGGCUCGACCCUUUCAACAAUGGCACAAGCCCUGACCAGACCAUUCUUUGCAAUGAUAGCAACCAAAGCAUGUAUUGCCAGCUCUUAUCAGGCCUUGUCCACCGCCACCACGUCCUGCGGCUCGGGGCCGUCUUUGCAUCCGCUUUCCUACGAGCGAUUUCGUUCCUUGAACGUAAUUGGGUCAAUUUUUGCAAUGACAUACGUACUGGACAAUUAGACCCUUUUAUCACAGACCCCGAAUGCCGUUUAUCGAUGGCUCCCCUGCUUUCUCUGCCUAAUGCUAGUUUAGCUGAUGAGAUUAAGGACAUUUGUAGCCAAACAUCGUGGAAGGGAAUUCUGUGCCAGCUUUGGCCUAAAGCCAAGUACAUUGAGGCUGUGGUCACGGGGUCCAUGGCACAAUAUAUACCGGCUUUAGAGUACUAUAGCGAUGGAAAACUUCCCUUAGUUUGCACCAUGUAUGCUUCCUCAGAGUGCUACUUUGGUGUCAACUUGGAGCCCCUCUGUGACCCUGCCGACGUGGCGUUUACCCUUUUGCCCAAUAUGGGAUAUUUUGAAUUCAUACCAUUGGGAGAGAACGGGACACGGCUCAUGGACAUAGAUGAGGACGAGGAGGUGCGUAAUGAUAAGCUUGUUGAUUUGGUGCAAGUGAGGCUUGGCUGCUAUUAUGAAUUGGUGGUUACCACUUUCGCUGGAUUAUAUCGUUAUCGAAUUGGUGAUGUGCUCCAAGUGACUGGAUUUCACAACGAAGCGCCACAAUUUAGGUUCAUUUGUAGGAGGAAUGUUGUUCUCAGCAUCGACAAUGACAAAACCAAUGAAGAGGACUUGCACAAAAGCAUAAGUGUAGCCAAAAAAUUGCUAGAGCCCUUCAAUGCUUUGCUUGUGGAGUACACUAGCUAUGCGGACACGUCACAUUUGCCCGGUCACUACGUCUUGUAUUGGGAGAUCAUACACCAUGGAUCAUCAGUGGUGGAUUUGGACUCUUCAACACUUGAUGUGGAUAAGGUGCUCCAAGAAUGCUGCAUUGCAGUGGAAGAGGAGCUUGAUUACAUCUACCGUCGAUGCCGCGCACACGACAAGUCGGUGGGCCCGCUUGAGAUACGUGUGGUGGAGCCUGGCACGUUUGAGGAAUUAAUGGACUAUUUCAUUAGCCAAGGGGGUUCAAUCAACCAGUACAAAACUCCAAGGUGCAUCAAGUCUAAUAAGGCGCUUAAGCUGCUUGAUUCUAAUGUCAAGGCCUGUUUCUUUAGUCCAAGGGAUCCAAAGUGGAUCCCUUAAUUAUAGGGAUACAUUACAACUCUUUUUGUUACUCUUCAUUUCCCUGCUACUCAACUAACAAAGGCAGUGCAAUAAGAUUUAAAUAUGCAUCUGCCAUCUCAUUCUGCAGAGGAUAUAAAAUAAUUAUGCACCUUAAUUAAUUUGAUGUUUGUAUCAUCAUUUUAAUUCUACGAAGGAAAAAAAAACAAGUAUGCUCAA